GCCGCGUCAUAUCCGGCAUAGUUACAAAACAAAAGUGACUACUGUAGUUGUCUACUGCCCAACCCGCGAGAGACAUCGUGCUUACUGUCCACCCAUCAAAGCAAAAGCCAGAGAAGGAUACCUAUUCACUAUGUCAACCUCCACACCUAUCCACUUCUUCGACAUAAAGUCGACCCUCACCGGCGCCGCCCGGUCAUGGUCGCCCAACACAAUCAAGACCCGCAUGGUCCUCAACUACAAGGGCCUUCCCUACACGCAGACCUUCAUAUCGUACCCGGACAUCGCGCCGCUCCUCUCGCACAUGGGGGUGGCUCCGCAGCCCGAAGGCCGCCCCUAUACGCUGCCCGCCAUCUGCCACCCGGCCAGCCUCCCCAAACACCCGUCCGGCACGCUGAUGGACUCGUUCGCCAUCGCCACGCACCUUGAGGAGGCCUUCCCGGGAACCCCGUCGCUGUUCCCGUCCGGCGAUGCCAGCUACGCGCUCGCCCUCGCGGUCAGCAAGCUCAUGGGCGCCGUCUGGAUUCACGCUGUCCCGCUGGUCGUGCCCCGCGUCGCCGACUUCCUCGACCCGCGCGGCCGCGAGUACUUCAUCAAGACCCGCUCCGCGCAGUUCGGCAAGCCGCUCUCCGAGGUCCGGCCGCGUGAUCCCCAGGAAAUUGAGCGGGCGGUCGCUGCUAUGAAGCGGGAUAUGGCUGUGCUUGUGAUGAUGCUGCGGGGGCGCGCUAACAAGGCUGGCGGACCGUUUUUUGAGGGGAACACGCCCGGGUAUGCGGAUUUCUUGGUAGUGGCGGUUUUGGCGUGGUUUGAGAGGAUAGAUAAGAUGGUGUGGGAGGAGAUGUUGGGGGUGGGUACUGGGGAGGUCAGGGCGCUGUGGGAGGCGUGUUUGCCGUGGGUGGACGGGCAGGGGGAGGAGAAGAGCGAGGCAGACUGGAUAAUCCCUCAUUGAGGUUGAUGGGAAGGGGGGGAGGCUUGACGCUGGUGGGUUUGAGUCAGAGGUCUGGGGAAGAAUAGGAGUAUUUGAGUGCGCCUGGGGCCUGUAAUAGCGGGUAAGGUGAAAUAAGAAGAGCAUU